AUGUCUGUUCCUGAUGAUCCAUUAAACUUCAUCCCCGCUGAUCUCUUUUUCCCCACCGUACCUGGUUUCCGCAAGCCCAGGGACGUGGUAUCUGUUGAAUCAUCGCAGUCAAUCAAGCCUGGCGACCCUCUACGUUAUGCAGCUCAUAUCACCCUUGCAGGUGUCAAUGGCGACUCUGAGACGCACUGCUUGGUCCAAUUCGUGACUCCGUUGAUCUGGAGGAUCCGAUAUGACCCAAAGUACACCAGUGUCAAUGACUUUGACAAUACCAACACACGUACAAUUGUUAGAGAUACAUUCUCUGACCUGGUUGAUGGUCUUCAGAAAGAAUACCGUGCCUCAGAGGCAUGGAAUGCGUAUCCUGCGAAAGAAGAAUGGUAUUGGAAUACAUCCUUUGUAGAGAAGGGUCCUGGCCAUUAUGUUUUGACUGCCAACGAAUAUGAGAACUCAACCGCCACUGCUAAACCCAAGACUAGCCUGCAUAUCUUUUCGUCUCCGUUCCGCAUUGUUGCUACCAGAAAACUCACAGUGCUACCAGAGGGUGACCAAAGUAUCUCACAAUCCGUGGGUAUCAACACAGCUGCAGAAGUUGAACAAAUCAUCUGGCAAACCACCGAUCAGGCCUUUUCCUACGAAACAAAUGGGAGUAUCGAUGCAAUCAAGAAUGUCGUCCUCAAUGUCAAGAAACCUGGACCUGCUGAAUAUCUUGGAUUUGGCGAACAAGGCGGCAAGACUGUAUUGAAGAAGCCAACCUACUUGAACUAUUUUUGCUAUGACAACUUUAACUAUCUCAAAGUCUAUGGCAAGGGUGCACUUGACAGUAGAGAACCACUCUAUCAAUCGUCCCCAUUUUACCUAGAGAUGAACGGAACUCCAACGUACCAAAACGUCACUGGUGUUUUGGUGGACAAUUACUCCCAGGUUGCUAUUGAUCUCGGCAAGAACGACUCCAAUAUCAUCAGUAUCGCCACUCGGUUCAACACAUUUGACGCAUACAUCAUGACAGCUGACAACGUGCCAACUAUGAUCUGGCAAUACACCUCCAUUGUAGGCAGACCCAAGCUCAAGCCUCGAUACAUUCUCGGACACCACCAAGGAUGCUACGGUUAUUCCAACGAAGGCACGGUUUAUGAUGUAGUCAACGCUUAUCGCGGGUCUGAAAUCCCUCUCGAUGGAAUGCAUCUCGACGUGGAUUUUCAGGAACGCUACCGAACAUUUACAGCUAGCACAGUAAACUUCCCUGACCCCAAAGCCUUUUUCAGCAAUCUCAAGAACCAAGGAAUCAAGGCUUGCACCAACAUCACGCCUAUCAUGACUCUUCGAACAGAGGUCGCUGGCGACUACAAACAGUUAGACGCCUUUUGGGAUCAUCAGAACCCGAACAAUUCUGGGUCCAAGUGUAUGUUGGUCAAGGACAAAAGAUACACCAACGGUUUGAACAACUAUCCUCCCACAUACUGGAGAUACGAUGGUCCCAACAGCAGCGGGCCACUUGCGAAAGGUGUCAAUCCAACUGUGUACGGAAACGACUACUAUGGUCAGCCUCAACGACUGUCAUACGCUGAUUACCCUAGGGGUGAGGUAUAUGUGGACGAGUACGACUUUAAUGGGAACUAUAAUAGUGGAUAUCCAUUCCAUGGAGGUGUCAGCUAUGGCCAGACUCUGGGAACUCCCGGAUACUACCCUGAUCUGAACCGAGCCGAUGCCAGAAAAGUCUGGGGCGAGCAGUAUCAAGACCUCUUUGACGCUGGUCUCGAGUUUGUCUGGCAAGACAUGACCACGCCUGCAGUAGGAAGGUCUUACGGUGACAUGCUAGGCUUCCCAUCUCGACUUCAGAUGACCGACGACAGUCCUCUCGGUGCACCAAAGACCAAAACCGCUAUCGAACUGUGGUCGCUCUACUCAUACAACCUCCACAAAGCAACAUUCCACGGCUUGAACAAUCUCAAAGGCCGAGAGACGAAGCGCAACUUCAUCAUUGGUCGAGGCAGUCAAACUGGAAUGCACCGCUUCGCUGGUUUAUGGACAGGUGACAAUGGAAGUUCCUGGGACUUCUGGAAGAUUUCUGUUGCUCAAGUCCUUGCACUUGGCUACAGUGGACUGACUAUUGCCGGUGUUGACAUGGGGGGUUUCACUUCUGACCCAACUUCGAACUCCCCGUAUCCUCGAUGGUGUAACCCUGAGUUGCUUAUCCGAUGGUACUCUGGUGCUUUCCUCUUACCUUGGUAUCGCAACCACUACAUGCAACACUGGGACCAGGCAUCAAACCCGCCAGCUAAGGUGUUCCAGGAGCCGUGGGCUUUCAGUGACGUCUUGUCGAAUCAAUACGCCAGUCUGAUCCCCGAGGAUCAACGCGUCUUGUAUGCGGCAGUUGUCCCCAUCUGUCGAUAUUAUGUUCAGCUCCGAUACACUCUGCUUCAAGUCAUGUACGAUUACAUGUUUGCCAACUUGAUCAAUGGUCUACCCAUCGCUCGUGCAAUGCUGAUCACUGAUCCUCUUGAUACCAAUCUAUUCAACAACAAUGAGGAUUUCAUCGACACUCAGUAUUUGCUGGGUCACAACAUUCUCGUUUGUCCUAUUGUUGACCCUCAAGUCUUCAACCGGGAUGUUUAUCUCCCUGGUACAGAUCUGUGGUACCCUUGCAACCUUGAAGUCAAGAAUGGCAGAGAGUACCUGGGCGAUGAUCCAAUUCUCAAGCAUGCUGCCAAUCUCAAAGAGCCAGCCCAAGGUGGUAGGAUCAUCAGCUACGGAUGCAGUAUCCCUGCAACGUUCGGUGAUCUCGACCAGAUUCCUUUCGUUACCCCGGUCUAUAUUCGUGGAGGUGCUAUCAUUCCCCAAAUUGGUGUUCGGCAGUAUAUCAAGGAGAAUGACCUGAACCCACCGACGAUUCACUUUUACCCUGGUGGCAAGGCGUCCACGACUUACUCUAUGUACCUUGAUGACGGUGUCAGCAAAGACAGCGCACCCAUCAACUUGCCCCAGUACAAGUACCAAGACAAACCAGCCAAGAGCAAGAAUGCCAAGGGCAUUUAUAAGGAAGUGAAGAUGACUCAGGAGAGCACCAGCACCUCGCGAACCUUGACGAUUUGUCACCCAUGGGAUGGAUUUGAUGCCACACCAACAGUCGGCGAUACUUACAAUUUCGCCGUUUGGACCGUGAAGAAUGGUAGUUCACCGCAAGUUCAAGUUUCAUUCGAGGAUGAGAACGGCAAGACCAUCAGCGAUCCUGGUCUGUCGUAUGCCUACAAUGACACUCGGGGUGUCUUGACUGUCAACAUCCCUGUGGCUCUUGUACCAUCUCAUGACCACCCUGUCCACACCAACGGUACCUCGAAUGGAAUUACCAAUGGCGUAACGAAUGGUACAUCUGCCCUGAAGCCAAUCAUCGCUGUCAAGAUCACUGGUCUUUCUUGA